CAUUUACAAGACUCUUUUAUUAGCACGCAGGCAUUAAAUAUAAAAAUAGAAUUAUUUAGUGAAACGCGGAAAAUGAAAUAACUGGCGUUGGCUGUCUCAAACUCAAUGGCCUUCAUGUUCUCUUUUCAUUUGUCUUUUCCCGACUAUUUUUCGUUUGCACCCUCCUCUUCUUUUUAAUCAAUCCAUCAAUCUACAUACUUUGUUAUUAUUCCAGAAAACUGCUUGCUAGAAAUAGAGAUCUGCCAUAAAUCACGGCUCCCGCCAUCUCCGGAUUUUUUUUUCUCUUUCUGUUUUCGCAUAUUAGAGAUAUCGAAUCAUUUGGAUCUGUAAGCACAGUGUUGUUACAGACGGGAUUAUUAUGCGGAUCAAUUGUUGUUUGGUUCUGUUUGUUUGCCUCGCCGCGCUCCUCACCUCUCUCUCGUCUGCCACUCUCAUCUCAGAUGGAGUAUUUGGAUCUUCAGUUUUGGGGGAGAGGAGGCUCCUUCAGGCUAAGAAGCAUGUGCUGAAUGACUUGAGCAAUGAUUGUGCUUCAUCCAUGUUCAGCUACAUUAACCUCCAUGGGAGGUAUCCUCCAGGCCUUUUUGCCAACGAAUGCCGGGAUAGCCGACAGGGGCUCGAGUGUCCUGCUCCGCCACCUGGCUCUAACAGGUCCACCACCACUAAUAAUAAUAAUAAUAAUAAUGCUGGUCACAAGAUAGUUGGUGGUUUGUGGAUGCUAAUUUUGGUCACCUUUUUGUUGAUGCAAUUUAUGUGA